UAAAGAAAAUCGAGCAAAAAAGAAAGGAAGUUGUUAGAAGUUUCUCCAAACGGACCCCCUCCUUUAGCAACUAGCACCCCGGAAUGAAGCGGCGGCUCGCGGCUGCUAACCCCACACCGCCUCCAUCCUCUCCCCACAUCCACGCAGACUCUCCCUCUCAGCUCCUUUAAGCUCAGCAUCCAUAUUUGCAUCCCAGGGAGUGGCCAACACUCCUCCUCCUCCUCCGCCGGUAAGGACCCAGAAGUUAGCGGCUAAUCGCAGACCUUCUCGGACGCCGUAUUUCCACCCAGGAAGAUAAACAUGGAGAACGACAGCCUCUGUUCUUUCAUCUAGUCUCGGAUCCUAAAGCCUUCAUCAGGAAGAAGAAGAGCGCUGCAGAUCCCAGCUGUGUCCUGCUGCUGUAGAAUGAACAUGCUCAAAUCCAGUGGACUUAAAAUACCCGGCCGUGGGGCCAAGCAUUCCAGCCCGGUGGGAAGGACCUCGCUGGGUGGAACAUCCAGCCCCGUCGCCCCUAAAGACAGUACUCCACUGAGGCCCAUCACUCCGGCGAAGAUAUCAGAGGAAGGUGACGAUGUUUUAGGAGACUACACUGUUGGUGAACACGUCUGGGUGAACGGCGUCAAACCUGGAGUCAUCGCCUACCUCGGGGAGACCCAGUUUGCCCCCGGACAGUGGGCUGGGGUAAUACUGAACGACCUAGUUGGCAAGAAUGACGGGUCAGUGGGCGGCGUGCGCUACUUCGAGUGCCAGCCCCUCCAGGGCAUCUUCACCCGCCCCUCAAAGCUCACCCGCCAGCCGGUCGGAGAGGGGAGCGAUGGCCACUCCACCGACUCCACACAGAAUCAGAGUCAGCAGGGAGGCAGCGGCGCCCCUGCUGGCCAGAGGGUGGUGGUGCCGCUCAGGGAGGGGCUCCUCAAUAGUGCGGUGAAAACAGGAAACGAGUCGGGCUCUAACUUGUCGGACAGCGGGUCUGUGAAAAAAGCUGGAGAUAAAGACCUGCGUGUUGGAGAUCGAGUUUUGGUGGGAGGCUCUAAGAUGGGUGUGAUCCGAUACAUGGGGGAAACUGACUUCGCUAAGGGGGAAUGGUGUGGAGUGGAGCUGGAUGAGCCCCUGGGAAAGAACGACGGAGCAGUUGCUGGUACAAGAUACUUCCAGUGCCUUCCUAAGUUCGGCCUCUUUGCACCCAUCCACAAGGUGAUCCGCAUCGGCUUUCCCUCCACCAGCCCGGCCAAGGCCAAGAAGAGCAAACGGGUGGCCAUGGGGGUGUCCUCUCUGGCCCACAGCCCCAGCAGCUCCUCCAUCAGUUCAGUCAGCUCGGUGGCCUCCUCUGUGGGCGGACGCCCGAGCCGAGCUGGACUGCUGACGGAGACGUCGUCCCGCUACGCCCGUAAAAUCUCGGGCACCACGGCGCUCCAGGAGGCCCUGAAGGAGAAGCAGCAGCACAUUGAGCAGCUGCUGGCCGAAAGGGACCUGGAGCGAGCUGAGGUUGCCAAGGCAACCAGCCACAUCUGCGAGGUGGAGAAGGAACUGAGCGUCCUCAAAGCGCAACAUGUACAGUAUGUCGCUGAAAACGAGAGCGCCAUGCAGCAGGUCCAAACCAUGCUGGCCAACACACAGAAAGACAAGCUGGAGCUGGUUAAUCAGCUGGAAGAGGAGAAGAGGAAAGUGGAGGACCUCCAGUUUCGUGUGGAAGAGGAAUCCAUAACCAAAGGAGACCUGGAGGGAAGGCGCAGUCAUGUUGCAGAAUCCUUGAGGUUGGGCAACAGAACCAAGCAAACCACAGUAGAAGAGCAGAGUCGCAUCAUGCAGCUAGAGCGGGAGCUCGCCCUCCGCCAAGCUGAGGUCCAGGACCUCCAGGGUCAGCUUAGAAGAGUCGACGCAAACUCCCAGCAAGACGCGGCGGGGACCGGCGCCCAACCGGAGACCCUCCUCCUACGCGAGCAGCUGCUGACGGCGGGCCGUGAGCACCACAAGGAGAGCAGCGAGCUUAGAGAGAAGUACGAGGCGGCGCUAGCGGCCAGCCAGCGGGAGAUCGACUCUCUGAGGGCGAUCGUGGAGAAGCAGAGCGUGGAGAUCGGCGAGAUGAAGCAGAAGGUCCAACAGGCCACCAAGGAGAAUGUGGAAAUGAUGGACUCCUGGAAGGCUAAGUUCGACAGUUUGGUCGUCGACCAUCAGCGAUCGCUGGAGGAGCUGAAGGCAUCAUGGAGCAGAGGUCGGUCUGCUCCACAAGGCCAGGAGCAGGACGCCCAGGAGCUAAGGACCACCCUGGAGAGCCUGAAGAUGGAGCACCAGCUGGAGGUGGAGAACCUAAAGGCCAAACACAAGAUCGAAGCCGCCGUUCUGACCAAGGAGCGCGAGGACCUCUGCGCCCGACUUCAGGAGGCCAGAGAGCAGCUGGCUGAAGGAAGGUCCGACCCGGAAGCUCAGAGCAGCAAGGCGGCACUGAACGAAGCCUCCCAGAAGCUGCAGAAGGCGGAGGCUCGGCUGGCGGAGAUGGAGAUGCUCCAGGUGGAGCGGAACAAAACCACGUCAGAGCUGCGAGACCGACUGGAGCUGUCGGAGAAGAAGAUGACAGAUUACCAGGCUCUGCAGAAGGCCCAGGCCGAGAGCCGAGAGGAGAUCCAGAAGCUGGAGGAGAAGCUGAGGGUGACGGCGAACAAGCUCCAGGCUGCGCAGGCAGACCGCAUCCAACCUCAGGAUGCAAACAUGAUAGAAGAUAAUCAAAUCUCCGAUGACAAGAUCAAGCUCAAACACAAUAUUGAAGAAACGAUGGAGAAGUUAAUAAAGAGGGAAAAAGAAGUCUCUACACUCACUUCCCAGGUGGAUGCUUUAAAAUCCCAGAUUGGAGCCCUGGAGAGCAAAGUUCGCUGUGGGGAAAAGAAAGCCGAAGCCUUAGCCAAGGAGAAGACGCGCGUAGAGGCCGAGCUUGAGGCCAUGACCAAGAAGUCCCAUGAUGCAUCGGGGCAGCUGGUCAGCAUCAGCCAGGAGCUUCUGAAGAAAGAAGGGAGCCUGAACGAGCUGAGGGUUCUGCUCCUAGAGUCUCACCGCCACUCCCGGGAAGUGGAGAAAGAUCUGAGCCGAGAGGUGCACAAGGCGGAGUGGAAGGUCAAGGAGCAGAAACUUCAGGACGACAUAAAAACGCUGCGAGAAAAACUGCUUCUGCUGGGCCAGGAGCGGUCCUCCCCCGACCACCGGCGCUACUCCAUGCUCGACCCCUCGGCUCUGGACUCUGAGGUGAGCCGCCUGCGCCAGCGGCUCCUCAACACGGAGGACGCCCUGAGGAAUGCCUUGCAGCACAACCAGCAAGUGGACAAGCUUGUCCAGGCCAUGCGUAGACAUCCAGAUAAAAGCCAGAUUCUCGGUGCAAAUUCAGCGAAUGGAAUUCAUCACCAAGAGUCAGACGGCACUCAAGAGGACCAACCCUAAUGGAAGCAGCAGAAUUUGGGCGGAGACUCUGACGUGACGCCAAAUGAAGUCGGCGUCCUUAACAUAAAGCUCGAGUGAAAUGUCUCCCAAUGCUGCUUUGGGAAAAAAAGAAACCAUUUCAGUUUACAUCAAUGAAUACCAAAACAGUGAAUUUAUAUGUUGUUGGAGAAUGCAUCUAAUAGCCAAUCACGAAGAUCACUUAAAGUACUAUAAAAUAUGGGACAGGAAGAGAUAUUAUCAGUAAAACCACUGCGGAGAAACCUGGACGCAUUACGUUAGUUAGAAAGCUUCAAAGUUAGCAGGAACUCCUACUUCAACGGACGACUUCAUGAAGAACUGAUGGACUGACAUCUUUAUUUAUUAAUGUUACUUUGACAUUUUGCUUUGUAAUAAUCCUCAAAACAACACCCAAAGUUUGACAUUUUUCUGUUAUUUCCACAAAAUUGCCAUCCAUCUGAUUACCUUUCAAGCACACAAACAACAAAAUGAUUUCUUUAAUCCAGUCAUGAUUGUAAUCAGCUUGUAUGCAUUUGAACAUUUUUAGAUUUCCUUUUGUAUACUUUCCUUAUGAACGGACCAAGUGUCUCCCAAACACCCACUGGGUUGGAAGAACAGAAUUAGCAUAUUUUUAAAUGACAAGACACAGAAAAAGGUUGAGAAGUUGACCAACGAGCUACUCUAGCCUAAAUAAACGGAGUAAUCAGCAGCAA